CUUAUAAUUAUCCAUUUAUAUGUUUGUUACUUUGUCUGUGUUGUCAUUAUAAUGAGAACCGCAAAUUUGUGUGUGAAGCGGAAUUUCUGUGUUGUCUUUGCUGUUCUGACGUGAGGAAACGAAAACACUAUUUGUAAUUAUAUCCAUUUCAUCAGUUUUCUUCCUGAUUAUAUUUAAUUAAUCGUACUAAGUAUGGCGGCCACAUUUGAAGAUGUGCUUGUUUCAUCUUUGUCUGAAGAUAUGAAGAAAACAGAAAAAAUACCCUUUCCAGUGACUCUUUGUGUUGCCGACGAAUUUGAAAAUCUAAAUCUAGUUUUUAAACCUACUGGUACAAAUGGUCCCGAUUCCCUUCUUGAAAUUAAAUUUGACAAAGACACUGAUGGAGCAAAACUAGGCAGCCAUUGUUAUGUAAUAACAAAAGACAUAACAACUCUUCAUUUACAGUUCCGUAAUGCCAAUGAUCUUUCAAGAUUUCGAUCUUUAAUUGACGGGUUUAAAAAUGGAAAAAAUUCAAUGUUUUCAAUUAGGACUGACGAGUCUUCCGCUACUCAGUAUUUUCAGUUUUAUGGCUAUUUAUCUCAACAACAGAAUAUGAUGCAAGAUUAUAUCAGAACUUCAACGUACCAAAAAGCUAUUUUAGCAAAUGUUGAUGAUUUUCAUGAUAAAGUUGUCCUUGACGUUGGUGCGGGCUCUGGUAUCUUGUCAUUUUUUGCUACUCAGGCAGGUGCCCGGAAAGUAUAUGCAGUUGAAGCAAGUUCCAUGGCGAAGCAUGCAGAAACUCUUGUGUAUCACAACAAAUUAUCUUCAAAGGUUACUGUCAUUCCUGGGAAGAUAGAAGAAAUUACUCUUCCAGAAAUGGUUGAUAUCAUAAUUUCUGAACCCAUGGGCUAUAUGUUGUUCAAUGAAAGAAUGCUUGAAACGUACCUGCAUGCCAAAAAGUGGUUAGUCCCUAAUGGUAAAAUGUUCCCUUCAAGAGGUGACUUGCACAUAGCACCUUUUAGUGAUGCUGCCUUGUAUAUGGAACAAUUAAAUAAAGCUAAUUUUUGGUAUCAACAAUCAUUCCAUGGUGUAGAUUUAGCUAGUUUGCGCGAUGCUGCUGUAAAAGAAUAUUUUAGACAGCCUAUUGUGGAUACUUUUGAUAUCAAUAUUUGUAUGGCCAAGUCCUUACGCCACACCGUAGACUUCCAAACAGCUCAAGAAACAGACUUGCAUAAAAUUGAAAUUCCUCUAUCAUUUUCUCUUCUUCAAACAGGGGAAAUUCAUGGUUUAGCCUUCUGGUUUGACGUUGCAUUUUUUGGUUCUACACAGACUGUUUGGUUAUCUACAGCACCAACUCAGCCUCUUACACACUGGUAUCAAGUAAGGUGUUUACUUGAAAAUCCAUUAUUCGCACAAAGGGGACAAAUGGUCUCUGGUAAAGUGGUCCUUAAUUCAAAUAAAAGACAAAGUUAUGAUGUUGACAUCGAACUAGCCAUUGAAGGUGGUAACGUGAGGGCGUACAAUACUUUAGAUCUUAAAAAUCCAUUUUUCCGUUAUUCUGGGCAGCCUGCACAACCACCACCGGGAUGCAAUGACACAUCACCUAGUGAAAGCUAUUGGCAAACCUUAGAUGCUCAGUCAGCUACUAAUGCAAAUUUAGUCAUGAAUGGUAUGGGAAUUAUGAAUGGAGAUUCGGUGAUGGAUUCUCAUCCUGUUCAACAUCAUUUAUCUCAUAGUCCAAUAUCUUCUCAUCAAGCUAAUAAUUCAGUUUUGCCCAUGGGUAAUUUACAAAAUACAGGAAAUAGCAGAACUACAUCUAGAAUUCAAGCAAGUGUUCCAACAAGUUCCAUUGGAGGUGGAAUUUCACCAUCAUUAUUCACUCAGCAACAACAACAUGUUGUGUUAGGAAACACUACUCAUUUUCCAGUCAGUAACAGCUUGAUGAUUGGAGAUUAUGCCACUCCAGGGAAUAUAGUUAUGCCAGGUCAAAUUGAUUUGGUUACUGCAUUCAAACAUUCAUAGAAAAUUUUCCAAUUUCCUGCAGUAUUAAUGAACUGUCAUAGGGACUGAAGACGUAUUGGCACUCUUCUUUUGAAUUUUCAUUUUUAAAAAAAGAGUGAAAAAAAAAAGCUUUAAGGCACAUUGUUAUCAUUAGUUUGAAAACAACCUCAGAAGUUUUAUCUUGUCUUAGUGCUAAAACAUAUUUAAAACUCAUGAAUAAAUUUUAUCCUGUGUAAUACUUUUAUUAUUUAUUCUGUUUUAAGCAAUACACGAUAUGGCAAUAAUGUCUGUUUAAUCAUAUGAACUUCUAAAUUGAUGUUUUGUGUAUGUAAUCUAUUCAUUUCAAUCUUGUGUUACCAAAGUUAAUUGCAUGUAUUGUGUGUCUGUACAUAUUUUUAAAAUGGAAUGCUCAAGACUAAACUAAAUUCAGGAAGCAAUGAAUUCAGUGUUUAAUGUCGUAAUCGUAACUUUUAAGUUUGAAGAAAUGUGAUUUUCUGUGUACGGAAUCUUACUAAAUUUAUUCUAGUUAUUCACGUAAAUAAAUUGUAUGUAAAACAUGAACUGUAUAUGUGUCUUUCUGAUGUAUACUGCAAAUUACUCAUAACUUUAUUGCAGUAGAAAAGCUCUCUAAUCAUUUAUAUCUGUUUAAAAUGAAUGUUCCGUGUGCAUGUAAAGACAAAACUGUAAUUGUAUCCAGUUACAUUAAGUAUUUUGAAACUGGUUAUUUUUAGUUUUUAUGGUGUUAAAUACUCAGAAUGCAAGAGAUGAUGAAAAUAAUGAUCAUAAAAAGGCUAAGAAUUUGUUGCAUUUUAUAAAUUCUAGAAACCAAAUGAAUUUUUUUUAAUUUAGUUUUAUGGACUUAAUAUUUUUUAUUUAUUUAUUGUUCACCACUCUGCUCCAGAAAUGUAUUUUGCAGUAGUGGCAUGGUGGUUACAAAUCUGAAAAAAAAGUACUUGCAAGUAUUUCUAUUUCGUAUUUUAACUACUAAAAAAGCUUUAUCCUUGUAUAAUAUACUUUGAAGGAGUAAUUGUAUUUGACAUUUAAAUGGUUAAAAAGUGUAGUUAAUGAUUUAUUCACCCAAAAUUAUCUCUUGCUAACUUUUCUAGUGGUUGGUUUAAAAAUAUUAAAGACAUUGUAUUCAUGUGAGUCAAUUAAAUUAUGAUGUUUUAAUUAGAAUUAUUGAUCUCAUUUUUUAAAUGUUCUAAUAUCUAAGAAGAGCACUGUGUAUCAGUAAAUUGUAAUUUUAGUGCAGGGAAAAAAUUCUCUUGGAACAAACAAAACAGGACAAUUUUCAUUUUGAAAUUGUGACUUUUAAUGUAUUGUUGCUGUAUGUUCAUAUUAGGUGCAACUGUUAUUGAAAUAUGUUAACUCCAGUUGUGUGUGUCGAGGAGAGUAAGUGCCAGUUAAUCUUAUGCACAAAUCAGUUUAUUUUUUCUUAAUGCAAGGUCUUGCCUUGAUUUUUAUUGUCUCGUUGUAAGAGACAUUUUGUAUUGUCCAUAAUGAAUGUGUCUGAGGAAUGUAUCAAACUAGGACCAUUUGCCUGAUGUGUGCAUAUUUCUUUUUUAUCUUAAAAGAAAUUGUAAUUUAUGACUGCUCAGUCCAGAAAUAUUGCAGAAUUGUUCUUCCAGUAACAUUAUUUCAGUUCAGUGGUCGAAUAAAGAAAAUGAAAACCA